CUUUUUUAGCCGCUUCGCUAAUUCCUCUCGAGUCACACAGCUCGGUGCGCUCAGCAACAGCAUGGGCUCUACGCUUUGCGAUUUCAGUAAAUUCACGUCUUGCCGUUUUCGCUCCCUGGGACUACGGAAAGAGUUUGCCUUUUAAGUGGUUGAGAUUGUACGACGUGAUUAAAAAAAAAAUUAAAAUCAAAUAACAACCACUUCCUCGAUCAGCCAUCCGGACCAGUUGGAUAUCUUUCUAGACAUCUUUCUGAAGGAAUCGGGGUUUGUUUUGUUUUUUGCUUUGAAGUUUGAAGUACCGAGGCGUUCCUAAGGGACUAGAAACCUGGUGUGUGUUUAAAGCAAAUGGCUCACCCGAAAGGUCUCUCCAAUGGACACCUACACUGUCGUCAGAAAAAAAAUAACUUCGUAAAACACGGGAUCCACAAAAAAAACGGUGUGGUUAAGGAAACUAAGGAAAAUGGUGUAGCAAAUGGAACCAUCUAUAAACGACCAUUUAUUGAAUCCUUUGAACAACCACCCAUGUAUGUUUCUGUGCUUACAUUUCUUGGUUUUGUAUUUGCAACAUUGUUUGGCUACUUGCGAGAUUUCUUAAGAGACUAUGGAAUACAAGCAAAGAUUGGCACUAUCGAACGGGAAGAGCAAAUGGAUUUUGUCCCACUUUAUCAAGAUUUUGAACACUUUUUUACAAGAAACUUCUAUAUGAGAAUAAGAGAUAAUUGGAAUCGCCCUAUCUGCAGUGCUCCUGGAGCAAAAUUUGACCUGUUGGAACGUGUUUCAGAUGACAACAACUGGACAUUUAGGUUCACUGGAAGGAUAAUCAAGAAUGUAAUCAAUAUGGGUUCAUAUAAUUACCUUGGCUUUGCAGAAACUGACCACAAUGCUUUGAAAACAGUGAGUUCAGUGUUAAAUAAAUAUGGCACAGGAAUAUGUAGCACCAGACAGGAAAUUGGAAACUUUGAUAAACAUGUGGAGUUAGAAAAUACGGUAGCACAAUUCCUUGGUGUUGAAUCAGCUCUGGCAUUUGGUAUGGGGUUUGCUACAAAUUCUAUGAAUAUUCCAGCAUUAGUAGGGAAGGGUUGUCUAAUUUUAAGUGAUGAGUUGAACCAUACUUCACUUGUUCUUGGUGCAAGGCUGUCAGGUGCUACUAUUAGAGUCUUUAAGCACAACAAUAUGCAGAGCUUAGAAAAGCUUUUGAAGGAUGCAGUAAUACAGGGACAACCUCGAAGCCGAAGAGCAUGGAAAAAAAUUCUUAUUCUAGUGGAGGGCAUUUAUAGCAUGGAAGGCUCUAUUGUACGCUUGCCAGAAGUUAUUUCCUUAAAGAGAAAAUAUAAAGCCUAUGUCUACUUGGACGAAGCCCACAGCAUAGGUGCUGUUGGUCCUACAGGAAGAGGAGUUGUGGAAUACUUUGGAAUGGAUCCUAAUGAUAUUGAUGUAUUGAUGGGAACAUUCACGAAAAGUUUUGGAGCAGCUGGAGGUUAUAUAGCUGGCAGAAAGGAAUUAGUAGACUAUCUACGAAUUCAUUCACAUAGUGCAACUUAUGCCACAUCUAUGGCUCCUCCUAUAGCAGAACAAAUUAUAAGAGCAAUGAAAUGCAUCAUGGGACUAGAUGGGACCACACAAGGACGUCAACGAAUCAUUCAGCUAGCAGAAAAUACAAGGUACUUCAGAAGAAGAUUGCGUGAAUUAGGCUUCAUUAUUUAUGGCAAUGAGGAUUCUCCAGUUGUGCCUUUACUUCUUUAUUUACCUGGUAAAGUUGGGGCUUUUGCAAGACUCAUGUUAUCCAAAAACAUUGGUGUGGUUGUAGUUGGCUUCCCAGCUACUCCAAUCACAGAAUCCAGAGCUCGGUUUUGUGUGUCCACUGCUCAUACACGGGACAUGCUAGACACGGUCCUGAACGCUCUAGAUGAACUGGGUGAUUUUUUGUGUCUGAAAUAUUCCCGGCAUGCUAGGUCAUCUCGUCCUGAACUGUAUGAUGAAACAAGCUUUGAACUUGAAGAUUAAGUUUCCCUCCCAUGGACAAACUGUAAUGAUGUUACAAGGAGGAGAUGGGGUUCUCAACAAUAGAAAUGCAUUUCUCUUUUUCUAAGAACAGUUUUUGCUUCACAGUUACCUGAUCCAAGAGCAGCAUUUUAUGUCUGUUUUUACCAGAUUGGAUUCUGUCUGCAAAGGACUAGAAUAUUGUUGCAGUUCUCUCACAAGGAAAUAUAAGUAUUAUUGUUAUUAUUAUUAGACCCCAAAGACUUUAACUGAUACAUCAGUUCCUUUUACACAGCUCUUGUUGCUGUUUUAAGAGCAGAGUUAGAAAAAAAUUAAUUAUGAUAACACUUUUUAAUGAAUUGGAAUGUAAUGUAAUAGCAGAAAAAAGUUAUCUUGUUAAAUUGGCCCUUAUUUAUAGAAGAAGUUUAUCUCCAUUGCAGCUUAACAGGAUUUAGGCAAAAAAAUCCCCAUCAAGUAGAAAUACAUCGACAUACUGAGUAAACUGGAGCUUGAUUCAGGGAUAGUCAAUGGUCUUUCAUGGUUUUGUGUAACUUUAAGUAUUAUUGUUAGAAAGUUUUGAGUAAAGAAAAAAAAAACAAUUCAACUUUGCUGCUUGGUAUUUUUAAAAAAUCGUUUUAUAUUUCAGUUGAUAAAGUUAAACCAAAACAAUGUUAAUUCAGAUUCAACAUUGUUGAAUUAUUUGAAAUAUUUCAUAAUUUAAAGAAGGAUUACUUAUUUAAUUUUCAGGUAGGGUUUUAAAGUUGUCACACACAGUUUUAAUAACUAUUUCACUUUCCCAUUUGCAAUGUGUUAAGCCUUUCAGUGUGAAAAAAAGCAGAUGUGAUUUGUAAGACACUUUUCUUUCUCCAUGAAUAUUUGUUUGCUUGGUUAAGCAGACUGCCGAAUCGAAAAAUUCAAGCUAUUACAGAAUAUAAUUCUCAAAGAUCUUAGCCUUUGUGACUGCCAUCUUCAAGUUGAAAGAACUGGCCCUUUUGCCUUAUUACUUCAGUGAGAUAAUAUAGGAGACCACAGUGAAUGUUCUUUUCUGGAAGGUUGAUAUAUCCAUCUUUUUCUUGAGGUUAAAAUUAUUAACUGUUUUUAAAACAUGACCAGUUGAUUUGAAAACAGCAUUUGGAGAUUAAAGGAACAGGUGGAUAGAAUUCCAUUUCUGUUUCACCAAAUGAAUGGGGCCAGGACUAAUGAGAAUAUACCAUUGUCUUCAGACUGUUGUCCAGUCUCAACAAUUGAGGCCUCAGGUAACUAUACGCACAUACACGCAUACUCUAAGAUAACUGGUUGAAAGGCAUUUCUAUCACUUUUGAGAGAGAUACAAACCAUUUGAAAGUCUCAUGAUACUGUAAACAUGUCUGAUCAAGAGAUGGUUUGGCUUUCUGUUUCACAGAUGUAUUUUACUUUCAUGUUCUUGAAAAGCUGUGGUAUCCACUUAACACACAGCUGCAAAAUUAGAUUUAAGAACUGAACAAUUAAAUUGUGGAAUACCAAUUACAGUAUGGGAUUCCCUUGCUUGUUAAAGCAGCUUUGAGGAUAAAGCGAGGCUGAUUAGUUUUGAGGUCCCUUUUUGUUAUUCAAGUUAAUAAAAUUCACUGGGGGCUACAAUGUUAAAAAUGGACCACGGUGCAUUCCAGAAUAUCAAGAUCUCUGCUUCAGAAGUAUAGGAGGGUAAAAGGAGCGAAUUGUACAGUGUUAUGUGAUUGUUCACGUUGGCAAAUGAACUUGAGAAACACUAAACGGGCCCAUGUUUGUGCAUUAUACUAAAACUGCUGUAUAAAAAAUAAAGGAUGUUUUUGUGUGUUUUUUAAAA